AUGGGCAAAAAAGGAAAGAAGAGCAAGAGGAAGGGACGCGGCUCUGUUGACGAUAAGGUGCUCGACAAGUCCAGCAGGAGAUCUCUUGCACAAUGGGAAAUUGGACAAAGAGUUAUCAUAAGUGGAUUGAAACAAGCAACUCGAUUCAAUGGAAAUACUGGAACCAUCAUUUCGGUGCCAACGAACUCGGGUUCCCGCUACGGCGUUUCUGUUGAUGGACAUAAGAUUGCAGUUCUUCCAUCCAAUCUGGAAUCCUCUACACCCGAUCAGGAAAUCUGUUAUGGCCUUGAAGAACAAUUGCGUGAAGAGAACGAAAAAACUAGUAUGGAUGCUGAUUCUAUGGCCGCAAUGCGGAUGAUGAUGAACAUGUUCAUGACAGAAGAGCACCAAAUGAAGAUUUAUGGCCGAAAAAUCAAACCAUUGCCAGACUUUCUCGGUGAACUACGGGAUGAUGGCGGUGGAUUGCCCAACGCUGUGAACUCCUACUGGGCCGAUACAUAUCUCCGCACUGCCUUCGAACAGGAUAGUAAUAUGCCGCACGUAUUUGAAUUGGGUUUGAAAUCUCCAGAUUACGAGCCAGAGCCUACCGAUAUUUUGAAGCGCCUGGGAACAAAUCGUCCAGACAAGAUCCGUUGGCUUCUUGGGCCAAGAAGGAUCGGUGACAUCUUUCCACAUGAAGCGUAUCCUUACACUUCACACAUUCGCCACAGCUACAGCAACCAGGCAUACCGGAAAGAAGUGCUUCAUCUUGGUACAAUCAUGUCGCCGUGGGCUUUGUAG